UGCACUUACAUCAAUAGAUGAUCUGCUGUUUGCUGCAGCUGUUUGACUUGUAACACAGGGCAGAGAAGAGCACUUCAGUCUCCGACUAACUGGGAUGGAAUAUGACAGUUUAUAGAAAUACGUGUGGAUUCACAAAGACGUCUGAAACAAGCCCCUGGGAGAGGGACUGCAUUGUCUUGUGUGAACAAAACCCCAUCUGACCACUUCUAUACAGAUGACCAGUGAUGGCCACAUUAUCAGACUCAGCGGAUGAUUCAGUGGAUGAAGGUGUGUCUAAACACACUUCAAAGAUAACGCUGUCUAUCGUCCUGGUGACUAUCAUUAUACUGACUGCACUUGGUAAUUUGCUUGUGAUGGUGGCUCUCUGUAAGGACAGACAGCUAAGGAAGAAGAAGACCAACUUCUUCAUUGUAUCACUGGCAUUUGCAGACCUUCUAGUUGCCCUUGUUGUGAUGCCGCUGGCAGCCAUAGAGCUGACCACAGGUCAGUGGAAAUAUGGAGAGAGUUUCUGCUUGGUCCGUACCUCACUGGACGUGCUGCUAACCACUGCGUCUAUUCUGCAUCUGUGCUGCAUAGCACUGGACAGGUACUAUGCGAUUUGCUGUCAGCCUCUGGUCUACAAUAACAAGAUGACACCUGUGAGAGUCUCACUGAUGCUGGUUGGAUGCUGGGUCAUCCCAAUUUUCAUCUCUUUUCUUCCCAUCAUGCAAAGUUGGAAUACCAUUGGAAUCGAGAGCUUUAUCGAACAAAGAAAUUUCAACUCCUCCCGUAAUUCGACUUGUGUGUUCAUGGUGAACCGACCCUAUGCUCUGGUGUGUUCGGCCGUGGCCUUCUAUGUGCCUCUGGUGCUGAUGGUUCUCGCCUAUCAGCGAAUCUAUGUCACCGCUAUGGGACACGCUCGGCGAAUCGGCUCGCUGCACCGGGCCGGUUCAGCCCCUUCUUCGACUUACCCCAACCACGAUCACCAUGGCUCCAGUCGCAUUAAGACCGAAACCAAGGCAGCCAAGACGCUGGCUGUCAUCAUGGGCUGCUUCUGUCUGUGCUGGGCACCCUUCUUUAUCACCAACGUGGUGGAUCCCUUCAUCAAUUACAGCGUGCCCUGGCAGAUGUGGACCGCUUGGCUCUGGUUGGGUUACAUCAACUCGGGCUUGAAUCCGUUCCUAUAUGCUUUUCUGAACCGGGCUUUUCGGAGAGCCUUUCUUAUGAUCCUGUGCUGUGGAAAUGAGCACUAUGCCCCACAGGGGGGCUUUAGUCCGAGCAGACGGCACUCAGAGUCUGUCAACGGAACCUCCAUUUCUCUCAGAUUGUCAUUUCUUCAAAACCGAAAGUACAGCGUCAAUUCCAACCGAUUUCUGUCAUGCGAGCUGGAAUCUCAGGAGUCUGUUGGGACAUCAUAGCCAAGAGUUCAAUGCCUACAGACACAGCCUGAGGAGAACAUACAGACAACACAGCUUACAUAGGAAAUAUGUGUCAAAUCAAGAGACUUCAUUGCAGUUUCCUUUUGAUGAGAAACAACAAAUCACAAAGAUAGUUUAUAGGCCUAUUUCGCAUAACUUCUACAUUAUGUAAGAAUGAUGUUAGCAUGCAGGCAUUUUAUCUGACAGCCUAAAACCAUGAAUGCAACCAGAUCAAAUGUCCAGGAAUGUUCAAGGAGAUGGGGAAGGUUUGAAAAAGCACAACAAAGGAAAAGAAGGCAAAGAAAAUAAGUUUCAAAAGAAUCAGUUCAAUUAAAAAUGAAAAUUGCUGAAUAUUUAUUCACCCUCAGGUCUUCCAAGAAGACCAUCACUUGAUCACAAAUGGAUCCUGUGCAGUGAAUGGGUGCUGUAAAAAAGAGUCAAACAGCUGAUAAUUGUGAAGUGUAAAGUGGUCCGAACCACUGUCCUGCAGAAUUUAUCUCCAACCCUAAUUAAACACAUCUGAAGCAGCUAAUCAGGGUCUUCAGGGAUUACUAGAAUCUUCCAGGCACGUGCUUUGGAGCUGGUUGGAGCUACAUUCUGCAGGACACCGGCCCUCCAGGACCGGA